AUGCUUCUCUCUCAGACCAGAGGGCGUCUGCCCUCGGCUCUCCGGAGCUUCUCUCGCCGUUCCCUCUCCACUACUCUCCCCAGACACAAAGAUAGCGAAGACACCGCUCUGAAUAAGGUCUCCCGCAAUGUCACACAACCCAUCUCGCAGGGUGCUUCCCAGGCCAUGCUGUACGCUACAGGCCUCACAGAGGAGGACAUGAACAAGGCGCAGGUCGGUAUUUCGUCUGUCUGGUACAACGGCAACCCCUGCAACAUGCACCUGCUCGAUCUCAGCAACCGGGUGCGUGAAGGUGUACAAAAGGCCGGUCUGGUCGGCUUCCAGUUUAACACCGUUGGUGUCAGCGACGCCAUCAGUAUGGGUACCAAGGGAAUGCGGUUCUCCCUGCAGAGCCGUGACCUGAUCGCCGACUCCAUCGAAACCGUCAUGGGCGGCCAGUGGUACGACGCCAACAUCAGUAUCCCCGGUUGCGACAAGAACAUGCCCGGUGUGUUGAUGGCCAUGGGCCGUGUGAAUCGCCCCAGUUUGAUGGUGUACGGCGGUACCAUCAAGCCCGGCUGCGCCAAGACUCAGAAUAACGCCGACAUCGAUAUCGUCUCGGCCUUCCAGGCGUAUGGACAGUUCCUUACCGGCGAGAUCACUGAGAACCAGCGCUUCGACAUCAUCCGCAACGCCUGCCCCGGUGGCGGUGCCUGUGGCGGUAUGUACACGGCCAACACCAUGGCAACUGCCAUCGAGGUCAUGGGUAUGACGCUGCCCGGCUCCUCGUCGAACCCGGCCGAAUCCAAGGCCAAGGACCUCGAGUGCUUGGCUGCCGGUGAGGCCAUCAAGCGGCUGCUCAAGGAGGACAUUCGGCCCUCGGACAUCCUGACCCGCCAGGCCUUCGAGAACGCCAUGAUCGUCGUCAACAUCACCGGUGGCUCGACCAAUGCCGUCCUCCACCUGAUCGCCAUCGCCGACUCGGUCGGCAUCAAGCUCGACAUCGAGGACUUCCAGAAGGUCUCGGACCACACCCCAUUCCUCGCCGACCUCAAGCCAUCGGGCAAGUACGUCAUGGCCGACCUGUACAACAUCGGCGGCACCCCUGCCCUGCUCAAAUACCUGCUCAAGGAGGGCGUCAUCGACGGUUCCGGCAUGACCGUCACGGGUGAAACCCUUGCCAAGAACCUCGAGAACGCCCCCGACUUCCCCGCCGACCAGAAGAUCAUCCGGCCCCUGUCCAACCCGAUCAAGAAGACCGGCCACAUCCAGAUCCUCCGCGGCUCCCUGGCCCCCGGCGGCUCCGUCGGUAAGAUCACCGGCAAGGAAGGCACCCGGUUCGUCGGCAAGGCCCGCGUCUUCGACCACGAGGACGACUUCAUCGCCGCGCUCGAGCGCAACGAGAUCAAAAAGGAGGAGAAGACCGUCGUCGUCAUCCGCUACACCGGCCCCAAGGGCGGACCCGGCAUGCCGGAGAUGCUCAAGCCCUCCUCCGCCCUCAUGGGCGCCGGCCUCGGCUCCUCCUGCGCUCUCAUCACCGAUGGCCGCUUCUCCGGUGGCUCUCACGGCUUCCUGAUCGGUCACAUCGUGCCCGAGGCCGCGGUGGGUGGUCCCAUCGGUCUCGUCAAGGAUGGCGACUCCAUCACCAUUGACGCCGAGAAGCGUGUGCUCGACCUCGACGUUGACGAGACCGAGCUUGCUCGCCGUAGACAGGAGUGGGAGGCUCUCCGGGAUGCCGGCAAGCUGCCUCAGACUGGUCUUACGAUGAGAGGUACCCUGGGUAAAUACGCUAGGACCGUCAAGGAUGCCAGUCACGGCUGCAUUACUGACUCUGUAGAAUAA